UAUCAUAAACAGGAAGUGUGUCUGCAGACUUGUCUUAAUCUCUUUCAGUGUGUUUUUGUUUUACUGUGUUUUAAGUCCAGCAGCUGCAGAAACGUCGUGCGGAUCUCUGAAACAUGGCUAUAGAAGCGUGGUUCAUGGACAGCUCGGAAGAAGACCCGAAAAAGCCGCACAGACUGGAGCCGAACCAGUCCGUGUCUCUGGACCAGUUAAGGGAGCUGGGGGUCUUUUCAUGGCAGCUGAACGCUGACAUCCAUGAGAACGACCCCGAGCUGGAAAAGAUCAGAAAAGAUCAAGGCUACUCCUACAUGGACAUAAUCACUAUUCACAGGGACACACUACCCGACUACGAUGAAAAGUUGAAGGUUUUAUAUUCGGAGCAUCUGCACCUGGAUGAUGAGAUCCGCUACAUCCUGGAUGGCCACGCCUACUUUGACAUCAGGGACAAACAGGAAAGGUGGAUCCGCAUCUUCUUGGCCAAGGGGGACCUGAUCACACUCCCUGCUGGCAUCUACCACCGCUUCACCCCGGACGAAACCGAGUACACAAAAGCCAUGAGGCUGUUUGUCGGGGAGCCGGUGUGGAAAGCUUACAACCGGCCUGCGGAUGAGUUCGAGAUCCGUCAGAAGUACGUGGCUUCUCUGCAGGGAUCCUGAGAGAGCGAGAGCUGCAACACUAAACAUUCAUGUCAACUACAGAGCAGAUUCCAUACGAACACCGAGCGCAGUAGAAUAAGAGUUUCUCAUGUGAUUCUGCAGAGGCAAACAAAAGUAGGUUUAUAAUGAAAAAUAUUUUUACAUGUGGAUCAUUUAAAGAUCUUCUGUAGCAGAGAAGACGUCAUUUUCUCUUUUAGCUAGAUUUGACAUUUCAGUGGGUAAGCUACACGUUUAUUCAUCUUACUGACAUUUUCUUUGACGAUUUCUACUAUGUACUUACAUACACAAUUAGUUCUCCAUUAAAAAGCUUUAAUCAAAUGGUAUAGAUGUAUGCAUGAAUAUUGAUAAAGUAUUAUAGAGCAUUGUAAAGGGGCCUAUUUGAACUCUUAUAUUUUUGAUAUCUGAGCAUGAUUUGAUUUAACAAGUGUGACUUAGUGCCAUCUAGUGGUGCCAUCUAGAGGUUUCAGAUUGCACCCCUCUCCUCCAGUUUUAAUGGCUGAAUCUCGAUGUCCUCCCUAAACCCUUACUGACUUUAUUGACGUCACCUGGAAAGUGAUUGAGUGCGUGAGCUGCGAGGCCUCUAACGGUUAAAUACAAAUGGGUCAGCACUUUGCGACUUUGACUCUGUAACCAUGACAGCAUGAUGUAAUGUGGCAAAAGCUUAUUUAACGUUUUUUACUUUUCUCACUCACUGCCAUGACGCUUAUAAAAAGUUCUACUCAAUAUAGACCUUUAUAUAAAUGUAUUAGUUGUGGGAUAAAUAAAGAUUUAUCUUAUCUUAUAUAUAAGUUAUAAAUAUAACAGGACUAAUAUGCUCUGUCUCUCUUGUUUACGUUUAUAGACUUGCAGUAGACUUCUGAAUUAGCUGUAGUUUCCAAAUAACCUUUUGUAGUAGACUGUAAAUAGAGCCUGGAUUCACCUUCUACCUUUUUUCCGUUUUAUGGUGUUUGUUUACCUUUCAAUUCUUGUGGGCUUCCCCGGGAAAUCAUAUGUUUCACGUCACAAUGCUAUGAACCAUGGGUAAUUCCCUCACGUUAAGUCUGCAGAUAUGCCCACUUCAAACAGGGUGCAUAAAGGGCUCGUAAAGUCAGCGAGAGAUCCCUCAAACACUUGAUGGUUUACAGUGGGAGGGCAGCACUAAGCCCUCACAGACUUACUGGGAACGCGCAUCAAAGUCAGUGAGUGUGUGAGGGUGGACAUCGAGAUUGGGCCAACGUGUGGCUGCAUAAACUUCCAACAGUCAAGAUUUUGAGCCUGAGUUUUGUUUGUCCCGCCUGGGCUACUGUAGAAACUUGGCAGUGCAAAAUGAAAAGCUCUGUGGGGAAAAAUGUAAUUCUCCCUCUGUGGGCAUAAAGGGCUUAGUCAAAAGAUACAGAUAUCCAAAAGUUCUUUCAGGUGAUUUAACAACAAGUAAAACAGGUAAAACUGUUUUUUUAUUUCCCCCUUAGCAAAACAUCCCUUGUUCUUAGACCUUUAAGUUUUAUUUGAUUGAGGGCUACGACUCAUAAAGGAGUAUUUUCUUAAUUUUUAGGGCGUAAAUAAACACAACAGAAUAAUCACUGGUGCCUUAUUCUCAAACAUUUGUACUUGGUCUCUGAUAGGCUAUCAGACUUCCCCCCCUUAACAGCAUGUAUUAAACAAAAUCAUGCAGCUUAUGAGCAUCAUUUCUAAUUCCAUAUUCAAAUGUAACUGACUUCGAGAUGCAUCGGUUCAACAUCGGUAUCGACCGCCCUGUUUUUCAGACAUCGACAAAUAAUGUGACGCGAGCCGAUGUCAGUAGCUGAUGUUCGUCUGUUGUGCCAAAUCAAUUUAAUGCGGACAUCUAGUUCUCCAAACUACUGAUUCAGAGAAGAGGGUUGAUUUGGGCAGAAGAAGUCACCUGUUGGACAAACUCACACUUGUUUUCAGUGUCAAACUCGAGAGAAAAUGUCGGCAAUGUGGGAGUCUGACACCAAAAGAAGUCAGGAAACAAACAUCGGCAAAGGUUAUAGAUUUCUGUUCUGUGGAAAAUAAAGCUGCUCUACUGUG